GCUUCGGCGUCGCCGCCAUCUUUGUUGAUGUGUCAGCUCCUCGGGGGUGUUUUGGGGGGUACCCUGGGCUGAGAGGCAGGGGUCGGCCGCGAUCUCCACGCGUGACUUCCUCGCUCACCCCGUGUCCGCGGGACCCUGCCAUGGAGGCCCCGGAGCCGGAGGUCCAUCGGCCUCGUUAGGGUGCGGCCCGGGGCCGGGCGACGGACGUGAAGAGACGCAGGUUUGGAUGCAGAGCACCCGGGUUCGGAUCCUGCCGCUUCCGUUUGUGAGCGUCGGCGCAGAAGAGGGUACCCACUCCGGCUAGCCAGGUUUAUCGCCCUGUGUCCUGCUCCUUUGAUGGCCAGCCUUUUGAUUUCUUCUGAAGUGGUAGGCAGGAUGCUUGUCUGAGGAAAGUGAAGCAAAUCAGCCUGACAGUGUUUCCGGGGACACUUGUAGCCACGCAGAAAACAGUCUACGAAGUGUUUUGGCUCAGGUGUGGAUAUGGCCUUCGCAACGUCUUCACCUGUAUCUGUGUGUGGAUCCUGUGGAGGAGACUAAGGACCCAGAGACAGUGGUACUGAAACCAAGGAUCUCAGCUACUCUUCAGCCUGAUCAGGAACAAAUUUGAAGAAAUGCAGAGUGAAUUGGUGCCAGUCAGCAUGUCAGAGACAGCGCCCAUGGCCUCCCUUUCUUCCAGCGCAAAUAUUGGGACAACACCUGAGAUAAAGGAAGACUCGUGCAGCCCGUUCCCUGGUGACGAGAGCAACAAAUUAGAAACCGAGUCUGAACUAUUGCCAUUGAACUCUGACAAAAUUUUAUAUCAACCUAAUGAACACAGUAGUAAAACUGAACAAGAAAAUUGUAUUCCAGACUGUGGUGCUGGUGAGAAUUGUUGUGCAAAAACAGACACAUGCCCAGAUAACUCUGAACAAAUAGAUGAUUUUCCUGCUGGGGACUUUGCAAAGCAAGUGUCAAAAACAAGUGACCCAGAACAGAUGGUAACACAGAUACUAGCAGAGUUAGGGUCACCUGCAUUUACAGAAGCCAGUAAUCCAAAGACUUCCUCAGCAAGCCUCUAUGAUACGGACUGCACCAGGAAACUCAUUUCUCAGAUAAAGACGGUUCCAGCAUCAGACGAUUUGUUGGGAGAAAUCGAAUCUGAGCUCUUGUCUGCAGAGUUUGCAGAGGAACACCAAGUCCCAAAUGGAGUGAAUAAAGGGGAGCACGCCUUAGCCAUGUUUGAGAAGUGUGUGCACAGCAAGUACCUGCAGCAGGAGCUCACUAUUAAAGAGUUAAUUAAAGAAAAUAAGAAUCAUCAAGAACUCAUCUUAAAUAUUUGCUCAGAAAAAGACAAUUUAAGAGAAGAACUGAAAAAAAGAACAGAAACAGAGAAGCAACAUAUGAACAUAAUUAAACAGUUAGAAUUAAGAAUAGAGGAACUGAAUAAAGAAAUUAAAGCUUCCCGAGAUCAGCUAGUAGCGCAGGAUGUCACAGCUAAAAACACAAUCCAGCAGAUCCACAAAGAGAUGAGCCAGCGAAUGGACCAGGCCAAUAAGAAAUGUGAAGAGGCCCGUCAGGAAAAGGAAGCGAUGGUAAUGAAGUAUGUGAGAGGUGAGAAGGAAUCUCUAGACCUUCGAAAAGAGAAAGAAACACUUGAGAGAAAACUUAGAGAUGCAAAUAAGGAAUUGGAGAAAAACACUAACAAAAUUAAGCAGCUUUCUCAGGAGAAAGGGCGGCUGCAGCAACUCUAUGAAUCAAAGGAAGGUGAGACGUCUAGACUCAUCAGAGAAACAGACAAGUUAAAGGAAGAGAUCAGCUCUUACGUCAUUAAAGUCAAGUGGGCACAAAACAAGUUAAAGGCUGAAAUGGAUUCACACAAGGACACCAAAGAUAAACUCAAAGAAACAACUACAAAAUUAACACAGGCAAAGGAAGAAGCUGAACAGAUCCGGCAAAACUGUCAGGAUAUGAUAAAAACAUAUCAGGAAUCAGAAGAAAUUAAGUCAAAUGAACUUGAUGCAAAGCUCAGAGUCACAAAAGGAGAACUUGAAAAACAAAUGCAAGAAAAAUCUGACCAGCUAGAGAUGCAUCAUGCCAAAAUAAAGGAGCUGGAAGAUCUGAAGCGGACAUUUAAGGAAGGCAUGGAUGAGCUCCGGACACUGAGGACAAAGGCAAAAUGUCUAGAAGAUGAACGCUUGAGAACUGAAGAUGAAUUAUCAAAAUACAGGGAAAUUAUUAAUCGUCAGAAAGCUGAAAUUCAGAAUUUACUGGAUAAAGUGAAAAUGACAGAUCAGGUACAAGAGGAGCUUCAAAGUGGUAAACAAGAAAUCGAACAUUUGAAGGAAGAAAUGGAAAGCCUUAAUUCUUUGAUUAGCGACCUACAGAAAGACAUCGAAGGCAGCAGGAAAAGGGAGUCUGAACUCCUGCUGUUCACGGAGAAGCUCACUAGUAAGAACGCACAGCUGCAGUCCGAGUCCUGCUCUCUGCAAUCACAAGUGGACAGCCUCUCCUGCAGCGAGAGCCAACUGCAGAGCCAGUGCGAGCAGAUGACGCAGACGAAUGCUAACUUGGAGAGCAGAUUGCUCAGAGAGGAAGAGUUGCGGAAAGAGGAAGUCCAGAGCCUGCAGGCUGAGCUCUCCACUGCGCAGAUGCAAGUCAAAUCCCUGAGCACCCAGGUGGAGGAACUGAAAGACGAGUUGGUGACGCAGAGACGCAAACAUGCUGCUAAUGUCAAGGACCUUAGCAAACAGCUUCAGCAAGCACGGAAAAAAUUAGAGCAGACUGAGAAUGGAAACUACGAUAAAGAAGUCAGCAGCAUGGGAAGCCGCUCCAGUUCAUCAGGGUCACUUAAUGCUCGCAGCAGUGCUGAAGACCGAUCUCCAGAGAAUACCAGCUCCUCGGUGGCUGUGGACAACUUCCCAGAAGUGGACAAGGCCAUGCUGAUUGAGAGGAUAGUGAGGCUGCAGAAAGCGCAUGCCCGGAAGAAUGAGAAGAUAGAAUUUAUGGAGGACCACAUAAAACAACUAGUAGAAGAGAUAAGAAAGAAAACCAAAAUAAUUCAGAGUUACAUUUUACGAGAAGAAUCAGGCACACUUUCUUCAGAAGCAUCUGAUUUUAACAAAGUGCAUUUGAGUAGGCGCGGUGGCAUCAUGGCGUCCCUAUACACAUCCCAUCCCGCUGACAGCGGGCUGACUCUGGAGCUCUCUUUGGAAAUCAACCGGAAAUUACAGGCUGUUUUGGAAGAUACAUUGCUUAAAAAUAUUACUUUGAAGGAAAAUCUGCAAACACUUGGAACAGAAAUAGAACGCCUUAUUAAACACCAGCAUGAACUGGACCAGAGGACGAAGAAAACCUAACACAAAAACUCUUGCCCAGUAGACAGACAAGAGCCACAGAGCAGCAGGUGCCACUGUCCAGUGUCCUGAAACAGUCCUUGCUUUGUGUCAACUAAUCAAAAAUUCGUUUUACUUCCCUGUGUAGAAGUGCCCUUUUAUGAAUGCAUUGAUGUGUGUGCCAUAACUGUCAGCUCAGUGAAGUUCAUUUCUACGCGGUACAGUUCAGCCACCUUGUCACUGACUUCAACAUCUAAUUCGCUUAUUGCCUUAAAUCUAACUAAACAUUAGUACAAGGGUUUAAAAAAAAAACUUUGCCAUCAUUCCUCCCUUAGUGAUUUCUUCCUUUGAAAGUAUUUGCAAAAAGGUGUUCUCCAUCCAUCCAUUCAUUGUUUCUGCAACACAAAAACAAACCUAGAGAAAUCAUGAAGUUUUCCAGUUUUGAUCUGGACACAGUGAUCACCUGUAGUUCUAGCUGCUUCGAAGGCUAAGGAGGAUCUGGAGCUCAUGAGUUCAAAGCCAGCCAGGGCAACAUCCCAAAACCCCAUCACAAUUAGCCUGAAUCACAGAGUAGCCUUGAGUUGUGCUUUAAGGAUGGAUAUGAAUGCUUAAUUCUGAUUUUAAUGACAACAAGACAGAAAAGCUGGCUGUUGGUAACUAGCAGUGACCAAGCACUAUUUGUGUCUGUCAGGUUUCCUUAUUUGGCAUAGUUACAUUUUCACAUUUAAGUUGAACUUUUUAAAUCUUCAGUUAUACUUAACUAUGAUUUUAAACAAUUGUGUAUACUUAAAAAUGUCCUGUGGAUUUGUUAAACUUUAAAAUGUGAAGUGAAUCCAAUCAUUAGAACAGAUAAAUGAAGACUUUGAAACUGACAUUCUUUAGUUUUACUGAUAUUGUGUAGAGGUAAAUGCAACAGACUUAACGGCAGUGGUUCUCAACCUGUGGGUCGCGGCACUAGUAAAUGUAACAACCACUGGGUUAAGGGGUUCAUGAAGACCACAUUCCCAAGAGAAGCCAACACUUAGCACUGUUAACUUUUCAUGCGUGCACCCAUUCUUCAUUCUUGAUAGUUAAUUGCAUAGCAUAAUGAAACAGUUUCCCCAAAUGUGAUGUUUCACUAUAUUAUUUAAAACACAGUUAUAUCUUCAUAGCCAAAGGAACUUAGAGCCAAAUUGUUGUAUCUUGUUGGAUAUUUACAGUAUUUAAGAUGUAUCCUUAAAUGUUGCCAAUUGUGGUACCAAUGUUUUUGUCAUUGAAUUUUUUUUCUCACCUACCAGAACCUAAACACUGCAUUAUGUUCAAAUCAUCUGUAUCCUGGGAGACCUUGGAUCAUAUUUGGCAAGCCUCUGUUUUUUGUUUGGGCAUUUUUUUCCUCUUAAGGAACUUGAACUUUGGGGGUAGACCUUUAAAGAAUUGUAUGGGCUUUAGCGGGCAUAGUAACACUUGCCUGUAACCCCAGCACUCAGGAGGUACAGGAAAAUUAAAGGGCAGCCUCAAGAACAAAGUGAAUUGGAGGCUAGCCUGGGCUAUGUGAAGCCCCAUUUUAUAAAUAGAAUUGUGUGGGCUCUAAAAAUUUGGAUCAUGUCCUUUUAAUGUGUUUUAACAUUUCCUUAAAUCAACAUUGAUUAUAAAUGUAAUUUACUAAAUACUAGAUGUCAAUAUAGUGUGUUUUUGUGAUAUCUCUUGUUAUCCUAGAAGUAUCUCUUAGCUUCAAAGUGAAAAUGCAUUCAAAGUUGUUUUAUUUUUAAAUAGUUGUAAAAAGUAUUAGUCAUAAUGUCUUGCUCUUUUUAUUAUUAAUAAUUUAUUGGAAUAAAAAAUAGGGUAAGUGCAAUAAAUUCUGAAUUUUUUUCCCCAUUUGUUCCUAGACAAGCUGUAACACUCCAAAGAUCUACAUAGCAUAGGCAGUUUAGCUACACUUCCCUGGUUUCUCCGGUGAUAUUGAUUCAUAAGUUACAGUGAUUGGAUUUUUUAAUUCCAAGACACAAACAUGCAUAACGGAGACCAAAUAGUGAUCAUGUCCACAGUAUUCUGUACCUGUGUAUGGAAUACUUUAAAUUAUAUAUGCAUUCAGUACAGAGUGAACAAAUAGUGUUAAUAUUUAUGCCACCAUGUACUUGGAAAACUUAAUAAUGGAAUAAUUAAAGAUAUUACUAAAAGCCAUACUUUUAUCAUACUAUCGUCUUUUUCCUAUCUCUGAGGCUUAAAAGCUGAAAAAGUCUUAUCUUCUUUUUCAUUUGCCAUCUCCUGUGUCCUUCCAUACAUGGUCUGGACUGAGCAAAGUAAUGCAUAAAAACACGUGUGUUGGGGAGAGAACCUUCUAACUGAUUUAUCAAUGGCUCCGCUGCAGAUUUCUCAGGUCCUCCUACUGAUUAUGUGGAGGAAAGAACCUGAGAACCCAGGGGACUUGUUGUAUUUGAUCAUUGUUAGUUACAAAUGUGAAGGACUGUUUUAGUUAUUUAAUACUUUGGUGUCCUUGGGCAAGAAAUUGUGUGUGUGUGUGUGUGUGUGUCUGUGUAUCUGUGUGUCUGUCUGUUUGUCUGUGUGUGUGUACGUUUUCCCUGUUCUCAUUUGAAAGUGAGUGCUCAUCACUCAUUCUUUCCCAUACCCCCUGAGAUUUUGAGUCUGUUAAACAGUCUCAGGGAUUAAACAUGGUGAGUAUGGACAGAAUGAACAAUUGUUGAUGAUUUUGUUUUGUUGUACUUAACUAUUUAAAGUGGUUCAACCAGACUACACAUGUCAUUUAUUCAUUUAAGAAAUAUAUUUGCAUAAUAGACCUUGUCAGGCACCCUAGAGGAACCGUGGUUAUGGCUUUCCAGUCUCUAGGAACUAGCAGUCUCAUGCCAACAGCAGGACAGGUCUUCCGACCUGGCUCCCACGUCAGCCCGUUACUGGGCUGAGCAGAAAGUUGAUGGACUUACAAGGUAGAUAGCUCGAAAAUCCGAGCCCGACCUGGAGCUCUGACUCGGGGAGCACUGCGAGCACAGUGCUGUUUCCAUGCUGCUCCUGCACAUCUCCGCACUUGGUAAGGGGAAACCUGAAGACCAUAGCAUGGUAUUCGACCUUUAUCACCUAGUAAGUGUCUGACUGGUGCCUGCUUAACAUCCCGAAAUGAGUCUAUCAUUCAGCCUUCCAAAUUCUCUCUACAGGAUGUUGAUUAUUUUCUAAAUAUUUUUACAAGAAAAUUUAGGCUAAAAUCUGAAAGAAAAAAACUCAGAAACUGUUAAUAAUGUAAAUGUGAUAUAUGUUGCUCUGGUGAGGAUAUUUUUAUAAAUAAGGUCAUUCAUGCCUUGGAACUGUUGACUCUACCAAUCUGCUUUUCGAGAUUUUUUUUCUUUUUUUUUUUUUUUUUUGUCCAGCGAGGAGUUCACACUAAUAACACUGUUAAGCUAGUUGGUGGCACUAGUGACUGGAAAAUUGUCAGAGGUGUACAAGAGAAAUCAUUGAGAAAGCAAACUAAAUGAAAACUUAGUUGCAUAUUGAAAUGUAUAUGUUUCUUCUCGAAUGGACUCCUGAACUGCACACGGCUGUCCUUUGUGACUUCUGUUAUCUUCUCUUCCUGACUGCGUGGAUGUCCACACUGUAUAGCUACCCCUGGAUUACACUGUGCACUCUGUACAUACUCUGUAUAAAACGAUGCUCUUCAGGGGCUCUGUACAUUCUGUACCUAUUAAAUAAGCAGCCUGUUUACCAA